AUGGAUUACCCCAUCAUCGCAUACCUUGUCUUGGUUGUUGUCACCUUACCCAGGGUUGAAGGCCAGUUUCCCAGAGUCUGUACUGACCGGGGAAGUCUGAGAGACAAGAAAUGUUGUCCUACUCCUAAAGGCUUCACCACACAAUGUGGUUACGAUGGAGGCAGAGGACAGUGCCAGGCAUUGACCAUUCGUGAUUGGACAUCUAAGUACAGCCAUUACCGACCGUUCCAGAUGGAGGACGAGAGACACAACUGGCCGCGUGCUCUUUACUACAAAGUCUGCAAAUGCAACGCAAACUUUGCAGGUUACGAUUGCAGCAAAUGCGCGUUUGGUUACUAUGGCAGUACCUGCACGCAGAAGAAAAAUUUGAUACGAAGAAAUUUUCUAAGCCUGGAAUGGUGGGAGAAAGAUCGAUACAUGACAUACGUCGAAAAAUCCAAGAGAGAUCAAAGUGACUUCGUGGUUACAUCUACUUCUUACGAAAAGAUCUACAGAACCGUUAUGUACGGUGGGAACCCAAAGCGCUUCUUUUCUGGUGUCACUAACUAUGACCUGUUCACGUGGAUGCAUUACUAUGCUGCACGUGACACCAUUUUACCGCAUAAUAAGACUGAAUCUGAUAUUGACUUUGCACACAAUGGUCAGGGAUUUCUCUCAUGGCAUCGAUUGUACUUGUUGGCAUGGGAGAGAACCUUGCAGGAAAUUAAUAAGGAUGAAGAAUUUGCCCUUCCUUUCUGGGACUGGACUGAGAAUCCCACUCGAUGCGAACCCGCAAUUUGCUCUGAAAAGCUCCUUGGCGUAACGGACCAAACUACUGGCAUUGUGAGGGGCGAAUACUUUAAUGAUUGGUACGUCCUUUGCACCCGCGAACAAACCGAUAAUUUAACAAAGCCGUGCGACCCCACCGACAAAAGAAAAGGCUUGAAACGGAACACAGAUGAUGAGAAGGAGAAGAAAGUGAAGGAAAAAGGAUAUACUAUGACAAUUCCAACAAAAACAGAAGUUAACUUUGCGCUCCGUUUUGAGACCUUUGACCGCCCACCCUACAACAAAAGUUCCAGCUGCAAUUUUAAAACAUCCUAG